AUGAGAUACACCGGAUUCGCUGCUAUGGGAAUGAUGGGCUGUGCCCUCGCCCUGCCCCAGGGUCCCCCUGCUUUCCUCAGUGACCUGCCCACUCCAUGCAGCGGCACUCCCAGCGUCACUCCCUCCGGUACUCCCUCCGGCACCCCCAGCGGCACCCCCAGUUGCAGUGGCUUCCCCACCGACUUCCCCGGUCUCCCCUUCGAGAAGCGCCAGUUCCACCACGGAGCCGGUCGCCAGGGAGCUGGUCACCAGGGCCCUCCUCCUUUCGUCUCGACUCUCACUGCCACCGGCUCUCCUUCCUCGAGCUUCGCUACCCCCACUGGCACUCCUAGCGCCACUCCCAGCGCCACUCCCAGUGGUGUCGCCAGUGGUUUUGAGAAGUUCUUUGAGAAGCGCACUGCCACUCCUAGCCACACUCCCAGUGGAACCCCCAGCGGCACCCCCGGUACUCCUAACGCCACUCCCAGCGCUACUCCCAGCGGUGUCGCCAGUGGAUUUGAGAAGUUCUUUGAGAAGCGCGAGUUCCCUACCGACCUCCCCUUCCCCAUCCCCAGUGGCAUUCUGAGCGCCUUCCCUACCGGUUUCCCCACCGACCUGCCCUUCUCCCAGGCCUUCGCGAAGUUCCAGGAGUCUGGCUUCCCCACCUCCACCCCCACUCCUACUCCCUCCCCUAUCGCUCAGUAA